AUAUCUAUUUUUUGUAAUCAUUAUGGAUCUAUAAAAAUUUUUCAUUUAAUUUUUUCACGCGAAUAUUCUUCGAGGAUGGUUCCAUACAUAGGAAGCAUAUUAUUUAAAACAGUGGUGAACAACUCGACAAAAAACUUUCCCAGUUGCUUGAACUGUUUGUCUAGAAUAUCUGGACCAUCCUACUUUCAAUCUUUUCCAAGAAAAUUCCAUAAUUUAAAUAGUAAUUUCAGCAUAACAUUAAAUAAACCAAGACAAAAACUUCGUUUUUUAACAAACUGUGUAAGAUUUCAGUCUUCAAAGUCUGAUUCUGGCGCAGCAGAUAGACUGCGUUAUUCUCUAGCAGUGGCAGUUGUUAUGACUGGAGCAACUAUAUUAUCUGUCCCCUUAUACAGGGUCUUCUGUCAGAAAACUGGAAGAGGAGGUAAGGCUGUCCAGUUGAGCAAUGAAAAGGUGGAGGCUAUGAAACCACAGGACAAGGUGAUCACAGUCAAAUUUAAUGCUGAUCGAUCUGCUCAGAUGCAGUGGCAGUUUAAACCUCAACAGAAGGAGAUACAGGUACGUGUUGGAGAGACUGCUCUGGCAUUUUACACUGCCAAAAACCCCACUGACAAACCUAUAAUAGGAAUUUCUACAUAUACCAUAGUGCCAUGGCAAGCUGGAUACUACUUCAAUAAAAUACAGUGUUUUUGCUUUGAGGAACAGAGGCUAAACCCAGGUGAAGAGGUGGAAAUGCCUGUUUUUUUCUACCUUGACCCUGAGUUGCUAGAUGAUCCAAGGAUGGCUAAUGUUGAUGACAUUGUUUUAUCAUACACUUUCUUUUCAUCAAAAGACCAGGAAAUCAAAUAUCCAGGCCAACAGAUCAUGCCCUCUGGUGGUGCAUAGCAUAGUAAUGCAAAUGACCGUUUGAACUCAGUGGAUUUUGACAAGUGUUACAUGUAUGUUAAAUCAUGUGGAACAGGGGAUACUAAUGCUUUUUUCUGUUGAUGUGGAUUCAUGCUGUAUAAAUAAGAACUCCAUACUGGACACAUUUGAAUGAAGAAAAAAUAUCCUAUACUGAAAGUCCAUACAACAGAAAGAUUAAAUUGAUGUAGAUAGUAUUUUGCAAAGAGUAUUAUAUAAGUGUACAGGUGACUUUGUUUUUAUUUUAAAAAAAUUAAAGUAGAAAAUAAACUGUGAUAAUUUUUAAAGUCUGAUUCUUAAUUAAAAUACUUGAAAUCA